GUCACUGCGUUGCUUACCGAAUAAUCUGGAACGUAUUUCUUGGCCAGACAUUUUUGGUUAAAGCCCAUGUUAAGAAGCUCGACUCAGGGCAGCUCAAAUUCACUUCAGCUCCUCCACUCCCUUUGAGAACAGCAGCCGGACAGCGAUGGAGCUCCGAGGUGUUUGCCUUCUGGUGUGCCUCUUUUCUGUGGUACAAUUGACAACUCAGCAGAACAUCAGACCCAAGAAGAAGCCAGAGAAAGGUAAGAGAACCAGAAGGAAUUUCCCAAUCGCUCCCCAGAUAGAUAGAUAGAUAGAUAGAUAGAUAGAUAGAUAGAUAGACAGACAGACGAUAGAUAGAUAGAUGAUAGAUAGAUAGAUGACAGACAGAUAGAUAGAUAGAUGAUAGAUAGAUAGAUAGAUAGAUAGAUGAUAGAUAGAUAGAUAGAUGAUAGAUAGAUAGAUAGAUAGAUAGAUAGAUAGAUAGAUAGAUAGAUAGAUAGAUGAUAGAUAGAUAGAUAGAUAGAUAGAUAGAUAGAGAUAGAUAGACAGACACACAGACAGACAGACAGAUAGAUGAUAGAUAGAUAGAUAGAUAGAUAGAUAGAUAGAUGAUAGAUAGAGAUAGAUAGAUAUAGAUAUCGAUAGAUAGAUAUAGAUAGAUAGAUACACACACACACACACAAGCAUUCAACGGUGUUUCUCCCACUGAGUUUGUAUAGUUUAGCAAAAGCUGCAUGUGUAAAUGGGUGUCAUCUGUGCCCUGCUGUCUAUUUCAUCCUUUCCUGUGUUGAAAUGACUCUCCAAACAGGGUUUAUUAAAAGGUCAAGAAACAGUAACACUUAUUAUCACCCCUUUUCCCUUAUCCACGCUAUCUAGCCCAGCGGUUUCCAAUUAGCUAAGUACUGCAGACCCCCUGUUUUUAUUUUCUUUUUUUUUACUAUAAUUUUUAUUAAAUAUUUCUAAUUCACAUUUCAAAAUAUUCAUUUAAACCACCUUAAAUCAAUGACUUCCCUCCUUCUCUUUCCAUAGUUCAUUUUGCAUACCAUACAUGUUCUACAUGAACUAAACCAUUCGGUAAUCCGUUGUUACAUCCAUCAAAACUUAUUUACACUGUUGAAUUUAUCUUAAUGCUACCAGCGUUUCACCCAUAUAUUCAGUAAACAUUUCCAAUCUUCUUUGAACAUAUGUUCUUCUUGUUCUCUUAUUCUUAUGUUAAAUCUGCAAGCUGUAGCGUAUUCCAUCAGUUUAAGUUGUCAUUCUUUUUAGUUGGGACUUCGCUCGAUUUUCAUUUUGGGGCUAACAGAACACGGGCUGCAGUAGUGGCAUAAAUAAAUAACCUUUUUUUGACAGACCCCCUGUUUUUUCAAAAGCCAAGCCACGGGCCCCCUACUUUUGAAAAUUUCAAUAUAUCUAUGGUGCUCUUUGUUAUGUGAAUGGGUUUUGCAGACCCCCUGGGGUCCUCGGGACCGCUAGUUGGGAACCACUGAAAAUAAUAAUAAUAAUAAUAAUAAUAAUAAUAAUAAUAAUAAUAAUUGUACCCUGCCCAUCUAACUGAGUUGCCCCAUACCUUCCAGGUAUGACUGUAUAUGACAGUAAUCUAAAUUGGGUUUUGCAGUAUUGCAUGGCAGACUGGAAGAGAUCAAGGCAGAUUUUUUUCCUGGUUUUGUGGCAGAGCCUUCAGAUCACAACCAGUGUGUGUUUAAAUAAGCUCGUGCACAAUAUGUGCAAAUCGCAUUACUAACUAGAGGGGGGCAUGUGACCUGCUUUGCAGAGUAGUCGUCUAUUUUGAAAAGCUGUCUGGUCCAAGUCCAGGUUAAAAAUGAAGAACCACAAGAAAGAAGAACGAGGAUCAUGUCGCAUUCAUAGAAUCAUAGAAUGGUAGAGGCGGAAGGGGUCCCCAAGGGUCAUCUAGUCCAACCCCCUGCAAUGCAGGAAUCUCAGCACCCGGUCUCCCAUCCAAUUUGAAACCAGACCAGACCCUGCUUAGCUUUGCAAAUGUGCUAGCAGUUUUAUUGCUGCACCUAAGGCUGGUAGCUAGAACAGUUGCACACAUACUGGGGACAAGCAGGGUGUGAUUUAAAACAGAUAAUAUUGCGAUGAAUGAUGGCUAGGCUACGGCACCGCAAUGUAGACAUUUAUUAUUAUUAUUAUUAUUAUUAUUAUUAUUAUUAUUAUUUAUACCUCGUCCAUCUGGCUGGGUUUCCCCAGCCACUCUGGGUGCCUCCCAACAGUAAUAAUAAUAAUAAUAAUAAUAAUAAUAAUAAUAAUAAUAAUGUGAUAAAAAUGUGUAUUGAUAAGAGGAGCCAAACUAAUAAUGACAAAUUUAAAAUUAGUGGAACCCAUUAAAGUUAAUUGAGCAAUGACUUAAAGCAUCCACAUCUCAUUCUUUGCUUUUCUAUUUUUAAGACCCACUUGUAAUUCUUGCUUUUUAACAGGCGAUAAUUGACAUUUGAUAGAUGCCUAUGAUUAUAAAAAUAAGGUUAUCAAGUUUGAGGAAAUUUUAGGUUCCAUGUGAACCAUAUACAGAAACUGUUCCCCCAGUACUUUUUAUAACCACAUUUAGAUAUUUGGGCUUCUUUUGUUUUUAUAUUUCAGGGUCUGUGGAACAUCCUGCCACAACAACAUUUCUCCACAUGCUCUUAUGUUGCAUGGAUUAACUAUUCAGAUGUUGUUCACACAUGCACAAACCGCCUCAGGCAACCUUUUUUUUAAGAGCCAAAAGGCAGUGUAGAAAUAAUUUUAAAAGGCUGAGGCCAACUUGGAAAGUUCUGUUGGAAUCCUGGAAUCCAAGACCCAAGUUUGGAGCACAUAGUCUUUGGUGAGAAGAACUCCUGAAGAAAUUUAACAUUGCAAUACAUGCAGCAAAGGAAGGCAUGGAAAUAUAGGCUGUAAAACCUGCAUUUCCAGUGAACCCCAAAAUUGUCCCUUUUAAUGGUUCUUUCCAAAGUAUCCCACUUCCCUAGCACACAGAUAGACUUCACAUUUAGUAAGCCAUAAAAUGCUUUACUUACAAGACUCUUCAAAGCUCAGAUUCAUGUGUUUUUCCAUACAGCAGUCAGAAAAGACACACAGGCAAUAAAAUGUUGCUUGGUUACAAAAUAGCAGAAGUUCCUAAACUACAGGUAUACAAAAACACUAGUUUCAUAUUCCGUUCUUGCCUGAAACAAGAGAGGCUGGUUAAAGCCAUGCGGCUGAGCUGAAGCAACCAGCUCAGACCUCCUCACACACCAAAUCCACAUGUAGACUGAGUACAACAAAAGGUUUGGUUGCCCAUUUCCUUCUGAGGUGAGGGGAAGUGACCUAGGCUAAGCCUGGCAGGUCAGCUUACUCUAUGGCAUUAACCCCUUCAUGUGUUAAUUAGAAUCAAUCAUGCUGGUUAUAUGGGGCUGGUUCCUGACCACUGUUUUACACAGGCCUUAUUUAUUUGUAAUGGUCAGUUGUCUUGCAAGAACCAUGAUGUAGAACACAGUGGUACCUUAGUUUUCAAACGCCUCCAUAGUCGAACAUUUCGAAACUUGGAACGCCGAAAACUUGGAAGCAAGUGCCUCAGUUUUUGAAUGCGACUCGGAAGUCGAACAGGGAACACGGUUUCCAUUUUGAGUUUUCCGUAUUGAGGCUUCCGCUUUCAGUUUUCAAAUGAUUCGGAACUUGAAUGGACUUCCAGAACGGAUUACAUUCGAAAACCGAGGUACCACUGUACUUAAUUGAACAAAACAUACCCGCUGCCUUGUGGGACAUCUUCGGGAGAAGAAAAGGCGAAGGAGUAAACCCUACACAAUUCUGAAGUGGAGUCCCUAAGAUAGUUGGAUGGCAUCUUCUAUGCCUCCCUUGGACAACUCCUGCAGCCAAGCUGGUGCCAAACGUAUCAGUCCUCUGCUUUCCUUUAGUCCACAUCAUUGAGACCAAGAGGUCAGAUUAUCUGGACAGCCCAGGAUCUCCAAACACACUGCCCAGGCUUGCACCCCAUGAAGGUCACUUCAGUGCUGAUAAUGCAGUAGAAACUACGCAGGAGGCAGCAGUUACAAAUUUCUGGUCUCUGCCUCCAAAGCAGGUGCUGUAAUUCUCCAGCAGUUUGAUUUCACCCCUGGAGGCACAGACAAAUGACAACAACAACAAAACAUAAUGUAGCAUUAGGUAAAGGUACCCUGAACAUUAGGUCCAGUCGCAGACGACUCUGGGGUUGCGGUGCUCAUCUCGCUUUAUUGGCUGAGGGAGCCGGCGUACAGCUUCCGGGUCAUGUGGCCAGCAGGACUAAGCCGCUUCUGGCGAAACCAGAGCAGCGCACGGAAAUGCCGUUUACCUUCCCGCUGGAGUGAUACCUAUUUAUCUACUUGCACUUUGACAUGCUUUUGAACUGCUAGGUUGGCAGGAGCAGGGACCGAGCAACGGGAGCUCACCCCAUCGCGGGGAUUCGAAACACCAACCUUUUGAUCGGCAAGCCCUAGGCUCAGUGGUUUAGACCACAGCGCCACCCGUGUCCCUUAAUAUAGCGUUAUUGAAGGUAAAAAAGGGUAAAGGACCCCUGGACGGUUAAGUCCAGUCAAAGGUGGCUAUGGGGUUGUGGCGCUAAUCUCACUUUCAGGCCAAGGGAGCUGGUGUUUGUCCACAGACAGCUUUCCGGGUCAUGUGGCCAGCAUGACUAAAUUGCUUCUGCGCAACAGAACAUCAUGGCAGAAGCCAGAGCACACAGAAAUGCCGUUUACCUUCCUGCCACAGUGUUACCUAUUUAUCUACUUGCACUGGUGUGCUUUCAAACUGCUAGGUUGGCAGGAGCUGGGACAGAGCAACAGGAGCUCAUCCUAUCGCGGGGACUCGAGCACCAACCUUCUGAUCCACAAGCCCAAGAGGCUCAGUGGUUUAGACCACAGCGCUACCCGCAUAAUUCAAACAGAACAUAUUAAGAUGAGGGCAUUGUGCCACAAAUAUAAAGCAUAUUGAUAUAAAAGAGGCAAAGCAUAUAAAGUAGUUGGAAAGGAAAGAAAGAGUAGGGAAUGUUGAAAAGUUGCUAGGAAUACCAGUUUCUAACCAACUUCCAUGGAAGUGAUACACAGCAAAGGUGGGACAUUUUACUGCAUGGACCUGUUACGAAUUACUGAUUCCAUCUAUUGCGAACUCUCUCUAUAACAAACGCUGCAUAAUACGCUGCUUUCUUCUUUGUUCAUUUGUUAUAUUGCCAAUGAGGGAGGAAGUUCGGGUUCCAUUCAUAAAUAUGAUUGCAUUCAUUCUGUGUAGGCAGACAUGAUCAUCAAUCUCUUCGUUUGCUCUGCAGAUGUUGUGAGCCUCAAAAUGUUUGAAGACCUGAAGGAGCAGUUAGAGAAUAUCUCCCAGGAGGUGGCUCUGCUAAAGGAAAAGCAAGCACUUCAAACAGGUACAAAACCCAAUGGCCUAUAAUUUUUCAUACGCCACAAAAUGGCCUCACUUUGUGAAAUAAGGCUAUUUAUGACAUAACAUUAAGCCGUGAUGUGUUAGCUAAAAUGUGGUUUAUUUGUAUUUCCAGUACAUUAACAUUAACUGUUCAGUAACCAUAGGUUGUUUGGGAUCAAUAAAUCUGGAUUUUAAACUACAAUACGAAGCACCAUAGUUUGCACUAACUAGUUUCCCAUUGUGCUAAAGCUCAGAUGUACUGAUUUGUUCUGUUGCUGCAUUCUCACACCCUGCCUGGUUGCAGAGAUGGAAAGGGAGAGUGGUUAGAAAACAAAAUCACUCCCGCAUUUUAAAAGACUCUGUCUGUCCACUUCCCUAAUGUCAGCCUCUGCGGGUCAGGCAUCCAAGCUCCGAAACCAGCUUGCAAGCGCAGAAAAAGCACAAGAGCUUUUGUAGACAGAUGCUUAAUGUUGUUAUCCUCGCUCUAGGAGUGAAGUGAACAGUAUUGUUCAAAGUGACAUAUGCAAACAGCUGAAGGCAAUUUUGCAGCUUGCAUUGCAUUUCCUCUCAAUCAGUGCUCUAAACAUGUGUGAUAUGCUGUGUCCUCCAUUCUUUGUUGACCAGGGAGCAGGCUCAAAUGAUUCACAUUGUCCCAGGGCAGCUGUUUACCUGCUCCACCUGGUACGCAGGUUGAGACCCUACCUGCCUGCGGACUGUCUUGCCAGAGUGGUGCAUGCUCUAGUUAUCUCCCGCUUGGACUACUGCAAUGCGCUCUAUGUGGGGCUACCUUUGAAGGUGACCCGAAAACUACAACUAAUCCAGAAUGUGGCAGCUAGACUGGUGACUGAGAGUGGCCACUGAGACCAUAUAACACCGGUCCUGAAAGACCUUCAUUGGCUUCCAGUACGUUUCCGAGCACAAUUCUAAGUGUUGGUGCUGACCUUUAAAACCCAAAAUGGCCUCAGCCCAGUAUACCUGAGGGAGUGUCACCACUUCCAUCGUUCAGGCCGGACACUGAGAUCCAGUUCUGAGGGCCUUCUGGCAGUUCCCUCACUGCGAGAAGUGAAGCUACAGAGAACCAGACAGAGAACCAGACAGAGUGGCACCCGUCCUGUGGAAUGGCCUCCCUCCAGAUGUCAAGGAAAUAAACAACUAUCUGACUUUCAGAAGACAUCUGAAGGCAGCCCUGUUUAGUGAAGUUUUUAAUGUUUGAAGUUUUAUUCUGUGUUUAAUAUCCUGUUGGAAGCCGCCCAGAGUGGUUGGGGAGGCCCAGCCAGAUGGGCGGGGUAUAAGUAAUAAAUUAUUAUUAUUAUUAUUAUUAUUAUUAUUAUUAUUAUUAUUAAUGUUUUCACCCCCUCUGUACUGCAGCAGGGGUCACUAACAUCAUAUGGCACAUGCUGAGGACUGCACCUCUUCAGAUGGACCAUGGCCGGUCCCUAAAUCCCUCUGGCUCCGCCACAUUCAUGUUGAUUCCUGUUCCUCUCCAUACUGAGUGACUGAGGAAUGAGAGGACCAAGGAGGCGCAACCUUUGAGGCACCUCAUCUUCUCCCUCUGCCUGGUUGUGUGGUUUAGGUCCAAAGGAAUAGGGCAGUAGCAGCAGUGUGGAGGAGAAGGACCCAUUCAGAAAAGGUGGCCCGCUGAAGGACUCUUCUCCAAGGCCUCCCCAAAACGUGGAGAGCAAACCAGCACUGACUACCAUUCACAAGGACAGAUGUGAUUCCAAGACUCUCAUCCAGGGGCAGAUCUACUUUGAAACUAAUGAGUUGUAAGCCCCUAAUUCUAGAGGGGUCCCAGACAUUGCUUAAAAUUUUAAGGUCUAGUAGACCCAAUUUGAGUCGCAUGACUCAAAAUGAUUACUUUUUCGUUGUCAACUGUUAAGUUGUGGGUGAACCUAUCAGACGACAGAGCGAUUCUUCAAACAGCUCUUGUUUAUUCACAGGCCAGAACAGAACUGAACUGAAGGGUUCAGCCAGCCUGCUUAUAUAGAGCUCCAGUACAACGUAACUGUAACAAUUUUCUGAAACUAUUCAAUCACUGAACGUCACUUUCGAUCCCUUAUUUGCAUAACUAUCUACAGUAUCCCCCUGCUGGCCCAGGGUGAGAACUUCAGUACAUAACAUCAACAAUCCCAAAGUUUGAGAGUCAGUAGCACAGAUGUCAUAAAGGUUUAGUGAUCUGUUGUGGAACAAUCCCGUUGAAGAAGAUGACAGCGGUUGCCCGGACCUCAUCGCUGGUUGCGAAGAGGCCCACAUAACAGUUCAAGCUUCAGGGCUCCACCCCCCAAAAAUGUAGGUCCGCCACUGCUCUCAGCAUCCUUUUUUAAGUCUAAUGCAGUGUUUCUCAAAUUUGGUUGUUUUUGGACUACAACUACCAUCAUCCCUAGCUAGCAAGACUGGGAUAAUGGGAAUUGUAGUUCAAAAACAGCUGGAGACCCAAGUUUUUGGGAAACCCUGCUCAAAUGGAAAGAGUAAGAAAUGCUUUCCUUGCAGAUACACCGAACAGAGCUAGUACAGUGGUACCUUGGUUUGCGAACUCAAUCUGUUCUGGAAGUCCGUCCAACUUCCGAAACGUUUGCAAGCCAAGGUGUGGCUUUUGGUUGAGAGAGAGAGAGAUAAAACUUUAUUCGCAUUAGCCAAUGGCCAUAGCAACAUUAAAACAUUACAGUGUACGCAGAAAAGGAAAUUUGAUAUAAAAGCACAAUUUAAAGUCCUGAAUCAGCAGUCAGUUAGUGGCCCUUGCCCCUGCUAUGAACCUAGCAACCUUUGCUGUUAUCUGCUCAUUUUGAUGUGAUAGAAGAAAAGACAUUGUGGCAGUGGUUGAGCGCCCUGGGAUGGUUAGUAGGAGUGGGGUGACGAUCUCGUUCCUCAGGUCUUUGUAGAGAGUACAGGACAGGAGGACGUGUGCCGCUGUUUCAGUGCUGCCAUCUCCACAGGGACAAAGACGUUUCUCAGGCAGGAUCUUUUGGAAUCAACCCUCAAGUACUGCAGAUGGCCAAACAUCCAGUCUUGCAAGUGUAAAAGCACUUCUGUAUUUUGGGAUAAUAAGUUUGUGCAGAUAUGGGGCCAGAGAAUCAAAGUGGAGAGGUGGAAACUGAACAUACCAAGGGCAGAAUUUCCUUACAGUGGCCAGGUUAUUCUGAUGCUCAAUAUCUUUUAGACGUUGACCAAUUAGAUUGUUUGCUUUAGUGGGGCCCAUAGUGAGUAGGUGUUGCGGGGAUAGGCCACAAGAGUAAAGUUUUUGAUAGACGGUUUUAAGCCAGGCACUUUUAUGGGAGUCUUGCAGUACAGUACUAUGGAUAGUAAACCGGGGGGAUUUGACGGCCUCUGGUUAGCUGAUUGGCCCUGGAAACAACGGCGACAGCCGAAAGAGACGUUUGGCUUCCAAAAAAUAUUUGCAAACUGGAACACUUACUUCCGGGUUUGGGAGCUGAUUUGUUCGGAAGCUAAGCCAUUCAGGAACCAAGGUACCACUGUAUUGCACUCCAAAGCACAUGGUUCCUUUUCUGACUCCACUGUCUCCCCGCACCACCUCCUCCCCUUUUUGUCUCUCGCUAGUUUGUCUGAAAGGCACCAAGGUCAACCUGAAGUGUUUCCUGGCUUUCCCCAACGCCAAGACCUAUCACGAAGCCAGCGAAGAUUGCAUCUCUCAAGGCGGCACCCUCAGCACCCCUCAGACGGGAGACGAAAACGACGCUCUGUACGACUACAUGAGGAAGAGCAUCGGGGCCCAGUCGGAAAUCUGGCUCGGCAUCAACGACAUGGCCGCCGAAGGGAGAUGGGUAGACAUGACAAGUACCAGCAUCGGCUUCAAGAACUGGGAAACAGAGAUCACCACUCAGCCUGAUGGUGGGAAACUGGAAAACUGCGCCACGUUGUCGGGGGUCGCCACUGGCAAGUGGUUUGACAAGAGGUGCAGAGAUAAGUUGCCAUAUGUGUGCCAGUUCAUGAUAGUUUAACGGUGGGACUCCCGCUGUGGACAAGGAGGUCAAGGCGUUCCACUUGGCCCCAGGAAAAGAGCUGAACAAAAAUAUGUAACUCAUACAUACCCUCAUAUACUCUUGGCAGAUAAACAUGGCUUGGCAGAACAAGUUACAUCUGUGCUGCCAUUUUAAUCGGCUAAAAACUACAUUCCGCUCAGUAGCAGCUACGUUUUUCUCACUGAGGCAUGAGUUAUAGAUAUCUGUAUUUUUUACAUCCAAAGCCUAAUAGGAUGACUUCAUUAGUCGAGCGGUGUUUCAACUUUGCCAAAAUAAUACGAUCCUUAAGACUCAUUAGUUGUUUGUUGCAUGUACUCUUCCUGCCGACCCUUUUUCUUUCCUGCUGAUUGCACCAAAUUAAAGCAGUUUUUUCAGAAUUGUCCUUAUUAUCAUCUUUGGGGGGACGCCAAACCGAAAGUGCUUUAGCACAGCUGCCUUUCAUUAAACGUUACAGCUCCUUAUGGCCAAAUUAACCCAAAUAAAUCCAUCGCACACCUUUUGUUCCACUGAAAUAAGAGUUCGGUAGAGUUGUCUCAGCCUAAGUUAUAAUACUGGACAAUACUGGUGUAAAGAGGAAGGGAGGGGCGGUGCUAUCGAGAGCUUUCACUCUGUUGUGCAGAAAAAUAAAGAUAAUUUUUUUAUUUAAAAAAA